AUGGAGACAGAGACCAGGCGCCUGCUCCACGCAGUAGCGUUCCCUUCACCCAAUGAGCAGUACAUGAAGGACCAAGAGACCUUCGCCGCACUGUACAAAGAGCCAGAGUUUCUCGUCACCCUUCAACUGCUGUCCACCGAUCGGGGCCUCAGUCACAAUGAACGGCUCAUGGCUUCUCUGGUUACCAGUCGCGAGCUGAAGACCAAGUGGAGGAACAAAACCGUUGUCCCUGAAUCCCGAAAGCCUGGCAUCAGACAGUCACUCUUUUCCUUCCUGCAUGAAGCCGAGCUGGGUAUUGCCCGACCUCAGCUCUCGCUGUUGGUUGCCAUUGCCCGUAUCGAGUACCCCAAGACUUGGGUAAACCUCCCACAGAUCCUCCUCGAUGCCCUUACCUCAAGCGCCAAUUGUCUCAACGACCCGUUAAACAUUCCUGCCGACGCCGCUGUCGUACUCUUGAACGUCAUAUGGACUAUUAAUGCUCUAGUCAAAGACUGGCGAACAGUGAGGGUAGCACAGGGUGCGGCGGCGAUGCAAACGUUCGAGCAGGCUUUUUCGGGACCGAUGCAGAGCGUCAUGGAGGUCUGGGCAAGGAGCGCGAGGGAAGGAGGAGGCAAUGCGACCGUGGAAGAGGCAGGAAGAUAUGCCUUCAAGAUUCUCGCACGGUUCUGUCAGUGGAAUUGGGCGAAAGCCAAGGGCAUUCAGUCCCCUGAAGCUAUCCAACGGAUCACCCUCCUACUCCAACACACGGUCCAAUACGCCCCUGUUCUACAAAGCAACCGUGUACAGACGAUUUCUUCUGGUGCUUCUCAGGACAAGGCUCUUCGGUCUGCAAUCAAGCACCUGCGAUCAAUCGGUAAAUGGUGGCGGGUGAUGAUUGCUACAGAUCCAAAACGGUUCUGUGCCAUAGAGGGUGUCACAUCGGGUGUUGGAUGGUGGUGGAGUGCGGUCGGUGGGGUUGUGGCCAACUCGGAUGGAGCGGUUGCAAAUGAUGUUUUCACACCUGAUUUCAUCCUCUCGGCUUUCCACCUUCUGGUCGACAAGCUGUUGCCCCUGACCUCUACUGACCUCGAAGAUUUGGAAGAUGAGCCAGAAGAGUGGCUAGUCAGAGAAAGCAAUGAUGAAGAGGCUUGGGCAUUUGAAUUUAGACCCUGUGCAGAACGAGUCCUCAUAUCCCUCAAUAACGCCUGUCGUAAUGUACCAAAAGAGAAUAGAGUCAUUGAGCCAGCCAUGUUGAAAAUGGUUGCUGAAACAGAAGGCAUGUCACCAAAUGACCUUCCAAAUGUCCUGAGGCUCGAGGCAGUGUAUUGUACCCUUGGCCGUCUCAGUCGAUCCAUGGCAUCAUACGGUGGCAUAGACAUCAACAAUCUUCUGACUCAAAUGGGGUCAUGGAUGGGCCAAGAUUAUCCUCUCCAUCGCAUUGUCAAACGACGUGUAGCCUGGCUAAUUGGAGAAUGGGUCACUGCAGAUGAGGAUUCUGCAAAACUUCCAGUGAUAUGGCAAAUGCUGAUGUAUCUGCUCUCUGAGAGAGGUUCAUCUUCAGACAAGGCAGUGAAUUUGACAAGCGCCAUUGCUGUCAAAGAAUGUGUUGACCUCUGGGAGCUCCCUAUUGACUAUUUCUUGCCUUAUCUGGAGCAGUCUGUACAUGAACUGGUGAAACUACUUGGAGAGGCAAGCACACUUGAUGGAAAGAAAUAUGUCAAUGAGGCAAUUGGUGUUGUGAUUGAAAGGGUUGGAGACAAAAUGCUGCCAUACUUACCGUCUGUUGCGCAGUCCAUUCCUGUCCUUUGGUCAAGUGCAGGGGGUUUGGAGGGAGAAUGGCUGUUCAAAGCAUCUUUGGUUGUCCUCAGCACCAAAUUGGUCACUGCUGCAAAAGAAAGGUCUGGUGAAUUGAUGGAGCUUGUUAUUCCUCUUAUUGAGGAGAGCUUGCAGCCUCCUGCCAAAGAAUUUUUUGAAGAGGAUGGUCUGAUUCUCUGGCAAACUGCCAUUUACAAUGCCACCUCCCUGCAUCAGCCAAAUGUAUCAACCAGUCUUAUUCACCUUCUUCCAGGACUUCUUCAGGUCUUGGGUGAAAAUAUGGAUCUUUUGUCAACACUUGUUGGUCUGGUUGACUCAUAUCUUCUCCUUGAUGCCCAAAAUAUCACACAGGAAUAUGGACAAGUGUUGGCAUCCUCGCUUAAUAAAGCUCUUGUCACCAGUGGUUCCAAUGUUGGUUCUGUUGUCAGGAUCCUUGAGACUCUUGUGUUAUGGGUGUCUUUGGUCCCUGUUCCCUCUCUUCACCCUCUUCUUUUGCAAUCAGGCAUUUUUAGCCAGAUCACACGAUCUCUUGAAGAUGACAAGGCAUCCGGUCAAAUACUGGCAUCUUAUCUCAAUGUUCUUGCCAACCUUGCAAUAUCAGAUGCUGGAAGCUUCUUGCAAAUGGUGGCUGAUGCGGCAGCAAUGGAACACAAAGACCCUCACCAGUUAUUGGAUGAGGUCCUUGAUGCUAUCUGGAGGAACUUUGAUUAUGUUGGGGGGACCAAGAUGAGAAAGGCUGUUGCAAUGGGUGUGGGAUCUUUGCUGCUCUCUGGAAACCAACAAGUAAUGGAAAGGUUUGAUGGUGAAAUUAUGAACAUAUUCUUGGAUGUCCUUGGAGAAACCCAGAACAAUGAGGCAGAAGGCGAAAAUGGCCUUCUGUGCUGGGGUGACGAACAUGCUAUUGUUUGGAGUGACAUGCAAGCUACACCUGAGGGUGCUCGUCGCACCGCCAUUGAAAGCAAAGACCCAGCUUAUGCUGUACCACUCAAAUCCUUCAUCAUAGGGACAAUGACCCAGGGGAUGACAAUAGGACUAUUGCCAUAUUGGGAGAAGGCUGAUGAAGGGACCAAGAAUAGUUUGGAGAAGUUCCUUGCUUAG